GACUCCACGCAUGCGCACCGUCACCAACUUCUUCAUCGCUAACUUAGCCGUGGCAGACGUGCUGGUCAUCGUGUUCUGUCUGCCGGCGACGCUCAUCUCCAACAUCUAUUACCCCUGGAUGCUCGGCUGGGUCAUGUGCAAGUUCGUGGCGUAUGUCCAAGGUGUUUCUGUGUCCGCUUCCGUCAACUCCCUGGUCGCCGUUUCCUUGGACAGGUUCCUCGCGAUUUGGUUCCCCCUGAGGCUGCAGAUCACCACCCCGCGCGCCCGGGCCAUCAUCGUGCUCAUCUGGAUCAUGGCCGUGUGCUCCGCCGUGCCCUACCUGGUCUACUUCGAGACCAAAGUCGUUUACGAGGACCUGCCUGAACUGCGGGUCUGCGUGGAGGAUUGGCCCAACCGUCAAGCCGAGCGUCUCUACUUUCUCAUUGCUCACCUGCUGUUCUGCUACCUGCUGCCGCUGUCUCUCAUCAUCUUAUUCUACGUUUUGAUCUGGUUCAAGGUGGCCAACCGCAACAUCCCCGGCGACACUCGCGAUGCUGCCAUUCACGAGAUGCAACAGCGGAGCAAAGUGAAGGUGAUCAAGAUGCUGGUGGUCGUCGUCAUCAUCUUCAUGUUGUCUUGGCUGCCUCUGUACACCAUCUUCGCCAGAAUAAAGUUGGGCGACGAGCUAGGCGAGGACGAGGGAGCGGUGCUGGCCAUCAUCGCCCCCAUCUCGCAGUGGCUCGGCUCUCCAACCUGCAUCAACCCCAUCCUGUACGCCUUCUUCAACAAGAAGUACCGCAACGGCUUCCUGGCCAUCAUGAAGAGCCGGUCCUGCUGCGGCACUCUGCGCUACGACACGUACUCGCAGUCGACCAUGCGGCGCUCGUGCUACCCGACGUACCGCUCCACCAUCCGGCCGGAGGCGGGCGGCGCCGUCGAGCUGGCCCGCAACACCCACCGUGCGAGCGCAGGCUUCGUGUACACGCUGGACGGGCGCCCUAACCCCCCGCGCUCGCGCUACCAGGCGGGCGGGCGGCAGCGCACCCUCGCCAACGGCUUCUCGACGGCCCUCAGCCUCGCCGACAGCCUCACCACCACCGAGACCUCCAUCGUGCAGCCCAGCUCGCGCUCCUCCUCCGUCGUGGGCAGCGCCGACGCGGCAGACUCCGAGGACAAGAAGAGCACCUUCACCAACGGCAAGUUGGACGGCGUCGAUUAGGAGCUUGGUUGAGAGGAACGGCAAUCUCACGUGGAAAGUAAGCUGCGCCGUUCCGCAGCCGCUCCUCCCAUGAAGGAGGCGGCGGCGUCUUGCGGAGCCCGAGCACCAGCAGGAGCGCCUCGUCUUGGCAGCAAGAGGAGCUCGCCGAGAAUUCAGCUCGAACUUCCUUCCCGUUUAGAGUGACUGUAAGUGUUCGGUGUCGCCCUUCUCUGUGGUGUCCUCCUGGCCGUGUGGCUUGAAUCCCUCGGUGACAAUAACUGUAUCCUCAACCUUGAAAUAAGAUUAUAUAAAAAAAAGAAAAAAGAAAUGUAUCAUUUUAUGUUGGUUACAGAAAUAUUACUUCCAGUAGUUUCUAAUCAAAAACUCAAAAGAAAAACAAAUUCAAGUACGUUGUCUUUUCUGAGCAUUAAACUUAGUGUAAAUUUAUUCUAGUCAUGUCAGCUACAUGUACGGCUGUUUGUAAGAAAUAUUUAUGGCUAAAGACCGAUAGACUCGCGUCCCUUUGAUAUGCAUGUUCUUUGCAUCGUUAAUGAUUAUAUAACUGUGCUAGAGCGGGGAGCUAGCAGGUCGUAGUACAUCCUUCGAUGUUAGUAUUAUAUCACAUAUCGCAACUCUAUGUUCAAUUAUAUUUAUCUGUUGAUGUUAGCUAGUCGGAGGUAAGGUUACAUUAGAUGUGUUGCUGUCGUGUGCAAUUCUCUGUUGUCGAUCUUUACGGUUCUGUUAAUUCGCAGGCGGUCUGGGUUAGAUUAAACGUUCUCCAUGGAAGGUAAGGCAGUGGUUUGGUAAAUUCAGUUAAAUAGAGAUUAUUUCGACACUUCACAUGUUCAGUAAAUUCCAUCAUUGUUAUGAUCGCAUAUUCGUGCUUACUGCUCAGUGGAGAACCGCUGUGUAUAUAAACUUUUG